GUUUGAUGUUCCGAGUCGCUUUUUUCGAUAGUAGGGCAAGAAUCAGCGGAGUUCCCGUGGUGUCGCGUCGACUGCGAUUAUGAGUCCGUUCAUCUACUGGCUGAGCCUCAGGCUGUUGCCGGCGGUAUCUAUUACGCAGCCGUCGGUUGUUCGCGCAGGUACUACCGGCACUAGUACAGGUGCAGUUGCCGAAAUGAACCUCGGCGAGUCGCUCCGUGACUUGCUAGGCGCAGACUUUUCCUUCGACCGGCUUUUUCUCAAGGUUGGAAUAAAUCGCGAAGGUUGGGAGGCGAGCGGCAUCGACUUUACAGCAGCGACUAAAAAUCAUGAUGCUACAUCAACUCGCGGGAGCGGGACGAGCUCGAGUAGACUGCUGCUCUUAGAAUUCGAUCCUAAUGACGAGCCCGGGGCACGCCAGCUUUCCGCGAAUGCGACGUUGGUGCGACUGCCCAUGUAUCCAAUUGCAAAAUAUGUCUGGGUCCACCUCUGGAAGAGUGCAACUUGUGAUGCAGCUGUUGUUGGAUAUCUAUGGAUUCUAAUAAAAUCUGUAUUGCUACUUGAGUAGCUUCUAGGUAGCGCAGGAGCCCAGUUGUUGCUACGUGGAAAGGGCAUUUCUCGUGCGGGAUAGGCAUCAUUGAGCACUUAGAAAAUUAUCUAUAAUGCUAGACCAACUUGCAUCACCGACAACAUCUUUAUGGGUCAUGUACAAUGUGAAUUGCAAAUCUACUUGCAAUCUUCCAGAGGACCCAGCAAACAACAUAUUUGCAAUGCAUACCGUGGUGCUUGUUCCAGAUGAGGUGGUAGCUUCGAAAGGAAGUGGUGGAAGACCGGGCACCAACAGGUUUUAUCAGAAAGCGGCGUACAGUAGUGUGCUUUGCCCCCGGGCCGCAGCUGUCCUCCCCGUCGGGGGUCAACUACAACAGCAAGAACACGGCGACCUGGAUGACGCGCGACCGCCAUUUUUUCCAUAUCCCGACUUGGGCGCGUGCAAGCGGGACCUUUUAGCCUCCCUCGAUUCAGCGCUGGCUCCACCGGCGCUCCCUCGGAACAACAAUGCCUCCGGCGUGCCGCUCGACGGCGAUGAAGAACUUUUUUUUGGUAGUAGAAUUUCGUCGACUUCAUCUGACGAGGACGUAGUAGCUGUAGCUCCUCCAAGCAGUGAAAAUUCUAGGCCGGCGGCGCACCAUAAAAAUUACAAUGUCGGUCCCUUGGGGGAGAUGAAUUUGAGUUACGAGCUGGAGCGAAACGAAGGUUUCGCGGCUUACACCCGGCAGAUGGCCUACUACGCCUGUCGCCGCGCGUCGCGCUGGUACGCCACCGAGUCCGAGUGCGAAGUGGAGACAGCUUUGGUGCCGUCCGCGCGCACGUUGUUUGCGCAGUACGUCGACAAGUGGGGCCUGUUUGCAGAAACCUGCGGGAUUGACGCGAACCUUGUGCAGGAGGAGGACUCCGAAUUCGUCGAUGCGGCCACCUCCUGCCUGGGCGUGCAAGACCCCACAGGGUACGCAGGCACCGAUGCGUACCGAUUUCUCGGCGUUCGCGCUCUGUUUGACGCCCUUCGGGAGUUUUCUUCCGCUUCUGCUUCGGGCGCAGCGUUGGUAGCAGUGGCGAGAAUCGAGAUCGACGCGCAGGGUCUGGACGUGGCGCUGGUUGCCGCGAUCGCGUCUUUGUUGGCCACCGAGGGAGGUGGUCAGGGAAGUAGUACCCCCACUGGCGCGCCGGGUGUGCGUGUGCAAAUCGACGCGGUGGAGCUGGAGUGCCAGGAUGUCAUGCGAUCGAGCGAAAGGUUUCAGCAGGAGGUGGGCUACCUCUAUGAAACCCCGACUGUUUGGGCGGACGAACUCGGUGGAAAUGAGGUUUUCUUGUCAAAAAACGAUUGUCUCCUGGCGGAACAGAUCUUGGAGCCGCUCGGGUACGCUCGCGCACGGUUUGUCAUAAACGCAUGUGCCUGCCGGGAGUACAACCUGGAGAUGGUGCAGCGACAGACAAUUCUCGGCUCGGCCUGA